AUGCCAUGUUGUCGACAAGCACAGAUUGACUACAUCCCCUUUGCCCACGCCAUUCAUCGCCUCUCGGGAAUCGUCACCCCGGCCAGUGCUGCCUACUCCCAUCAAGAGCUGGAGCAUCAGCUUCGCUCGUCGGGCGCCCAGGCUCUAUUUACAUGCGUGCCUCUGUUGGAAAAUGCCCUGAAGGCAGCGGAUGCGGCUGGCAUCCCUCGUGAGCGUGUAUUUCUCCUUGCCGUUCCCCAGGUUGCUUCGGAUCCAAGGUUCGAGACCAUCGAUGAUUUAGUCGAACAAGGCAAGAGCUUGCCCCCACUGCCACCCUUGGAAUGGAUCAAGGGCCAGGGUGCGAGGCAGACUGCAUUUCUCUGCUAUUCAAGCGGCACUUCUGGUUUGCCAAAAGCAGUCAUGGUCUCCCACCUCAACGUCAUCGCCAACAUCCUGCAAAUUGCGGCCGUCGACUCCAUCGCUCGCAAAAAACUCGGCGUCAAGACCCAGGCCAACGUCGGCGUCCUGCCCUUCAGCCACAUCUACGGCCUCACAUUAGUCGCACUGCUGGGCCACUACCGCGGCGACCAAGUCGUCGUGCUUCCCAAAUUCAACCCGACAACCUUCUUGAAUGCCAUCCAGCGCUUCAAAAUCGAGCAGUUGAGCGUCGUGCCGCCCAUGCUGAUACACAUCAUGACCAAUAGGGACGCCGUGUCGAAAUACGACCUGAGCAGCGUGCGAUUUGUGUAUUGCGGCGCCGCCCCGCUGGGAACAGAGCUGAUUGAGGACAUUUUGAAGCUCUACCCGAACUGGAACAUUGGCCAGGGCUAUGGAAUGACGGAAGCCUCGCCGGUAGUAGCCUCUACCUGUGAAGUCGACCGGCUCGUCGGCUCAUCGGGCUGCCUCAUGCCCGGGUCCAAGGCCAAAAUCAUCGACGCAGACGGCAACCAAGUAACCACCCAUGAAACACGAGGCGAGCUCCUCGUCCAGUCACCCUCCGUCGUUCUCGGCUACUUACACAACGAAAGAGCCAAUGCCGAGACAUUUGUUCACCACGAAGACGGCCGCUGGCUCAAGACCGGCGACGAGGUCCUCGUGAGGAAGUCGCCCCAAGGAACCGAGCACUUUGUCAUUACCGAUCGCAUCAAGGAGCUCAUCAAAGUAAAGGGCCACCAAGUUGCCCCCGCCGAACUAGAAGCCCACCUCCUCUCACACCCCUUCGUAUCCGACUGCGCCGUGAUCCCCAUCCCGGACCCCCGCGCCGGCGAAGUCCCCAAGGCCUAUGUCGUUCAGGCCCACGAGUCGUCAGGCCGCUCCGACCAGGAAAUCACCCAAGCCAUCUGCAAGCACGUAGAGCACCACAAAGCACGGCACAAGUGGCUCAAGGGCGGUGUGGAAUUCAUCGACGUCAUCCCCAAGAGUGCGAGUGGCAAGAUACUACGGCGGGUGCUAAAGGAUAAGGAAAAGGCCAGGAGAGAAGAGACGGCUGCCAAGCUGUAG